CACCUUGCUUAAACACAUUUCCAAAAUGAACAACCGCGGUUUGUUUUGUUUAUUAUUUUUUUUCGUACAAUUGUCUGUGUUAUUAGAUCGACCCUUGACUACUGCGGCACAGGAACCCGCUUUUGAGUUACCUGUAGAGCUAGUUGGGUUUCCUGUUAUAAUUGUUGCAGUGCGCCUAUCCAAUUUUGUCAAGAAACUGGCCUAUUCUCUUAAUCCCAAUACUUAUAGAAGGACACGUCGAGACAUCUCGUCGGAUGAAAUGAUCAAUAUGAUUGAAGCCGAAAAAAGAUUGGUUUCGGAAUUGGGUGAAAAUGUCUGCAUUUAUCCGAAAGUUUGUUUGCAUCACGCAGAAAAAGGCGUGAGGUCAAAUGGUCGACAACAAAUGGUGAUUGAUUGGGACGAAGUUUUCAGUAAAUAUAAAACGUCUCCCGAAAAACAUAAGGAGUUCUACUUAUUGAGUGUGUUCCUAGGAGACUUCAUACAGUCGCCGAAAUUCUGCAAUCAACUAGCCAAGAGAGGACGUGCUUGUAAAGAUGAACAAAGUGCCAAACAUUAGAUAUUUUUUUUUCUGCGUUUUUUAGGAGUAGCCGAUAAAAUUAUUUAUUUAUAUAAAAAUAUUACAAAAAUAAAUAUAUGUUUCCUAUGGU